UGACAAUUUAUUUUUUAAAAUUAAUUUCAUCAAGUUUUAGUCAGCAUUUUUUUUUUCUUCUGAAAUCUCCAUUGAUUCAUGUAAUCAUAAUAUUGUGCAAGUUUCUGAGUCAUUUUCAGGUACUGUAUCAUUGCUUAAACCAGGUUAGCACUGUGUUUUUUUUUUCCUUGGUUAAAGAUUAUCUCAUGCAAAGAGUAUAUAUAUACACACACAUAUGCUUUUAGUUCCAUCAAUAUAUUAUAUAUGCAAGUUGAUCCCUUAUUUUCCCACUAAAAUGACACCAGAAUUCAGUGCGUCUCUUCACAGAAAUCUGCGAUUAGUUUGGCGGUGGCAUAAAGUAUGACAAAUUGGGAUUUGGGAAUAUAUCAAAUUGGGAAUGUAUAUAUAUAUAUAUAGAAAUCUGCGAUUAGUUUGGCGGUGGCAUAAAGUAUGACAAAUUGGGAUUUGGGAAUAUAUCAAAUUGGGAAUGUGUAUAUAUAUAUAUAUAUAUAUAUAUAUAUAUAUAUAUAUAUAUAUAUAAAAUUCGUAGAAGGAAUAAAUAGGUACAGGCAGAUUAGGGUUAUCCCCUUCAAAUCAAGUGACAUGUGAUCCUCAAACUAGGAGAAUUUUAGACUUCAUUCCGGUAACAUGUAGGAGAAUAUGUGCUUCUUUCAUAAAUCUUCUGACGCAAAUGCCAAAUGGUUGGGGCAAUUUAUCAAACACUUGCCGGGCAUCAAAUUAGGGAAUCAAAAACAGAAUUUAAUCCAGAAUAUUUGCCAACACAACAUGCAACAAGAAUAAUCAAACCUUUAUAAUUCCACUAUCUUCUUCUAUAUGAAAUGUGUUGCAAUUGCAGAUAAUAACAUUCGCAAAGAAGAAGUGAAAGAGGCAGAGGAGAUUGGAGAUUGAAGCCUAUGGCAAUAGAGGCAUGUAACAAGGUUAUUAGCAAGUUCAAACCUCACCUUCUUAUGUUUGUAGCACAAGUAGGCUAUACUUUUCUCUACUUUAUCACAGAGGCUUCUUUCAAUCAUGGAAUGAACCCCCAUGUCUACAUAACUUAUCGACAUAUCGUAGCUGCUGUCGUGAUGUUACCAUUCGCAUAUUUCUUCGAAAGAAAACUACGGCCAAAGUUGACAUUAGCUCUUUUUCUGGAGCUAAAUGUUUUGUCUCUCCUGGGGGUGAGUUGGACUCUGAACAUGUAUUUCGCAAGCUUGAGAUACACCUCUCCAACGUUCCUUGCAUCAAUGGUGAACACCAUAGCUUCUUUAACCUUCAUCAUUGCUGUUGUACUAAGGUUGGAGGUUCUUAAUCUUAAGAAUCCUCGUGAUAUAGCGAAAAUUCUUGGGACCUUGAUAUCCUUAGCAGGAGUUAUGGUAAUGACAUUGUACAAGGGGCCUAUCAUGAAAAAUCUAUGGGGCCCUUUAAUCAACAUUCAAGGGAAAGCCACCAUUCAUGAGAACUGGUUAAAGGGUUCAGUUCUAACAGUCACAAGCUGCAUAACUUGGUCUGCAUGGUAUAUUAUGCAGGCAUUCACGUUGAAUAGAUAUCCUGCACAAUUGUCACUGACUACCUGGAUGAGCUUUCUUGGUGCUUUACAAUCAGCUUUCUUCACAGCAAUUGUGCAACAUAAACCACCUGCUUGGAGGAUCGGAUUCGACAUUGAUUUGUGGUCCACCAUUUAUGGAGGAGUAGCGGUGUCUGGUCUGGUAGUCUUCAUUCAGCUGUGGUGCACAAAAGAAAGAGGACCAGUUUUCGUAACCAUGUUUAAUCCUGUUUCCACAAUAUUAGUGGCAAUUCUAGCCUACUUUGUUCUCGGCGAAAAACUCUAUUUGGGAAGCAUAAUUGGGGCGGUUGUUGUCAUCGUUGGCUUGUACAUGCUGUUGUGGGGCAAAGAAGGUGAUCAAGAAGUUCAAAGGACCUCAACAGAACAAUCUCACUCGGCUUCUGAAGAACUAAAGAUCCAUAAUUUACAAAUAAUUACUUCUGCCGAAACAAAAUGAUCACGGGGGAACCUUGAUAGCCGAAUCCUUAAGUGCCAUUGAUAUCCAACAACAACCAGGCAUAAGAAACUUGCACCGUUGCAAAAUUCUAGGGUAAAAAAAGUAAACAACUUAUGUGCACAGGCUCCCACUAUGUGUGGGAGUUGAAGACAGGCAAGAUGUAUGAAAACCUUACCCCACAUAA